AUGGAGAAAAUAGGUGAUGAACGUGUCACGAAGGGUCAAAAUUCUAGCAGUAGCUCCCCUCGUGAAAUGCCAUAUGGUGGCUCCGUCUCAAACAUGGUUGAAGCAGUUGAUAAAUGCAGGGUUGUAGGCCGUGGUCAUGGAAACACAAAGCAAGAAUCGAGGAUGACUUUCUACCUUUCCGCCACGCGUUGUACUACAGUGUCUCCAGCCAAGACGUCGGUUGCAAAUGGUAUGGCCGCCCAUGCUAUUUCCUAUGCAGAGGCUGGUCGGUCGGCCGCAGGCAAUGAUACCGGACUAGCAUCGACUGCCCUCUUCCUCUCUCGGUUGCAUGCAGAAAGAUGUCUCCUAUUUUCCACAGCUUACCGUUGCCGUCUCAAUCUGAAGUUGGGAUGCUCUUUGAAAAUAGGUUUUAUAUCCCGAUGA